CGUCAAUGCUUAUAAUCGUCCUUUCUAGAUCCCGCUGGUCGUCCUCGUAAAUUUGCGGCUCUUUAUUCUCCGCUAACUACCUUUUCUUUGGCGUCUUUUCAUAUACUAGUUAUACCUAACUAACUAUUGUUUUAUCUACCGUUGUGCCGUAUUGCCAGCCCCUUGUUCGGUUUUGAAUGAUACUUGGCAUUCCUUUCAGAUCCUUGGGCUCUUUAUCACAUACACCAAAUAAUAUGAACCGCCGCUCCUCCAUGCCUUCGGCGUCAUAACCUAUCUUUCGCCUUUUCGCUUCAUUUUAUCCUUUUUCCUUUUAGAUAGACUCUCAUUUCACUUCAAUCCAGAAAAGAAAAAAUCAUACUCAAAAUGCUCAUUUUAGUUUUAUUCUCACACCUCCUCUUAUUCUCCGAGGCCUCGGCGGCAGGUCCGCUGAGGCGAGGAGAGAGAUUGGGACAGCGUGAUGCGCUGGGGGCCUCGAGGGUUUAUAAGUUCGCAAAUACUAGUAGCAUCGCCACCACGACGACCACUCCCUUAUCAACUGAAACCUCUUCGACGUUGAUCACGAGCGAAGCGUCAACGUUAUCUUCAUCUUCAUCUCAAUCAUUACCAUUUGCAACAUCAGCGCCCGGCUUAACUUCAUCGUCGGUUGUAGUUACUUCAAGUGCGAGUCCCAUCUCAGGCCCGGUUGGGUCUAGCUCUUCCACUUCGAUAUCUCGAUCGUUCACGUUAAACGAGACUAGUAGCAUCCCAACCUUUGACUUCUUCCCAUCUUCUACAGUCCCUGUUAGCCCUCCUGCUUCUACCGCAGACUUGGCUGUUUCGAGCUCGACUGCGGUUGCUGCUCCAUCGAACUCGACAGGAAGCUCAUCUCAGGAAACUACCGCGCUAUCUCUAUCUACGGCAUUGACUCUUCCCCUCGCGCCGACGCCUUCAGUAGUAUCUCUUACCGAGUCUCGAUCCACAGCGACCGAGCAGACUCAAACUACGCAACUGACGCAAAGUAGUUCCACGGCUUCGGAGUCUACCACGUCCAUAAAUUCUAACACAAAUGCCGCAAGUUCUUCCACACUAGCAAGCAGUAGUAGUCUGGAAAGUUCAUCUACAUCAGCUACUGCCACAUCCUCCCAACUAACAACUGCUUCAUACUCAUCAGUUGUUAAGUCAUCUUAUGUGUCUCAUCCAGUAACGCCGACGGGGACGUUAAAUGACCAGGUUCCCACCAUCAUUAGUUCAAUUCCAGCUUCGUCAACGACAGUUUCCCCCGAAGUACUUGCCAGAAAUCUGGCUGACGCAAAGAGUUACAAUAAGGUCUUUGCUGGCUUGACUGAGCAAUCUGCUUGUGCUAUUGGUCAAGUUGCCUGUGUUAAUGGCAAUAUUGGGAAAUGUUCUAGUGCCGGCGCAUUCGAGAUUACCCCCUGCGCCGACACUUUGACCUGCUAUGCCUUGCCGAUGACUACAGUUGAGGGCGUCCAGAUUGGUUGCUGGGAUGACGCUACCGUUCGUAAAGCUUUGGGUGGCGACGUACCCCCCGUUGGAAGCUCAACUUCUGCCGGCUCAUCUAUAGAAACCGGUACGUUAGAUGGGACUUUGGUCACUGUGACAGUCACACCGACAGCCACCAAGACGGCUCAGACCACCAUAAACCUCGGCUCAUCUACACAAACCCCUUCAGCAACAAGCUCUUCGAAAACAAGUUCUUCAAAAACAAGCUCUUCGGUUCCUGCUCAACCUUCAGAGAAAACAGUAACAAUUACCCAUUAUGUGCCGACCACUUUUAGCACUGCAACCCGGUCCUCAAGCUCGCCAUUGCCUCCUAAAACAGUUACAGAAACCGUAACCGUAACGCCAUCCAGCCCAGAAGUCCCAACAUCUUCACCACUUGAAACACCUCUACCGUCUACGAGUACAACGACGGUAGCGAAGACUACCCCUACCGACUCCGGCCUCCACGUCAUCCCAAUCGAGACGGAUAUUAUCGACUUUCCUGGUCUUGGGGGCAUCGGAGGAAAUAGCGGGGAUGACCCAAAUGGCGCUCCCUUCUUCACGAAGCCUAAUAACUUCGGUGUCACAUCCAUGACUAUACCCACUCCCACCCCUGCUACUGUCACUAUAACAGAGAAAGAGACGGUGACAACGAUCACAACGGUAACAGAUACGGUUAUCACUACCGUGAGAGGCUAGAUGAAAGAUUGAUAGUAAAUAGGUAUCGGAUAUAUAUGUUGCAUUUACAAAUUCAUUGAGCGGGGAGUUUAGGACAUGUUGAUAAUUUGAUAUUAUUAUAUGGCAUAUGGCCAAUGCCGGAAAAGUCAAUACCCUUCUUACCAAUAGAAAAUUUAACCUUAUAAGAUUUUAAUUAUAUACUAUUUCGAUUCUUACCUUACAAGUCACAAUCUUGACGAUAUUUCUGUCCUUUUAGGCGAUAUUUAUAUAUCCUGUAGUUGGGGAAACUUGGCCGUGUAAAAAA